CCUGCAGAAUGGACGGACGAGGUGGCGCACAAGUACUGCGGCACGCUGGACGCGGGCCGCGCCGGCAAGCCGAACAAGGUCCACCUGUGCGGCAAGUGCAUGGCCAUUAAGGGGCGGCAGAUGCAGGCGGCCGGCGGCGACGGGGCGCACCGACGGCGUGAGAAGAUGGGCUGGCUGGCUGGGGGCGGGUGA